CGCCAGAACGAACCGCCGCCGCCGCCGCCGUCGACAUUUCUUGCGCGUAUCGGCGGCGCGCUCGGCGGUAGUGGCGGCGGCGUGUGGACGUUUUUCGUUUUUUAAACGUUUGACCGCCGUCGGUCUGAGAACACGGCCGUCAACGCGCGCGUCGUCCGUACUCGCGUUAUAUACACGUAAAUACGUUUUUUAUUUCCGCCGAAUUUCACCGCCGGUUAUACGCGCAGUAAGCUAUUACUAUUAUUGUUAUUGUUAUUAUAUUCUUCCGAUGAUAAAAUAUGUUCUGUAAGCGCGAGCAACGGCAAUAAAAUCGUUUCGAUCACGUGUUUUUUUUUUUCGCACGAGUUUACGAUUGGUUUUUUUCCGUCGCGCAAAGCCGACACAUGACAUGUCAGCACGCUGAAUUAUUGUACAGAUCUUUAAUAUUAGUAUCUACACUACAAGCGUAAACGUGCGGUGCAUAGCGCAAGAGAAAAUUCGUGUCCUUCGCAACACAUCUUGCAGCCGAAGAACUAAUCGCGGCCAAGACGCGCUUCGUAUUUCAGAACACGCGAUGACGUUACGACGAUGACCUUGUGCGAGUCUUCCGAGGAAAAGGCGUCUCCAACAAAGUUAACAGCAUACCGAAAGGCGAUCGAUAAUUUGGACAACGACCGGAAAUGGCAAACCGAUACGGCCGUAGGAAAAAGGAUCGGUCUGUACAAGCUGAGCGGGGAGCUGGGCAAAGGCAAUUUUUCACAAGUGAAAACUGGAUACCACGAGUUGACCAAAGAACGAGUGGCAAUCAAAAUAUUAGAUAAGACGAAAUUGACGGCGAAAGCGAAGAAAAUGCUGUCCCGGGAGAUCUCUGUCAUGGAAUCGAUACAUCAUCAAAACGUUAUUCGACUGUUCGAAGUAAUCGAGACGUACACAAAAUACUAUUUGAUAAUGGAGCAUGCGGCGGCCGGGGAACUGUUUAAAAGAUUAAUAUCCGAAGGCAGAAUGCACGAGUCGGAAGCUAAAAACAUUUUCUCUCAGAUCGUGUUGGCCGUUAAACACCUGCACGAUCUCAACAUCGUUCACAGAGACAUCAAAGCGGAGAACGUGUUCUUGAGUUCCAGAGGCGUCGCCAAAUUAGGAGACUUCGGAUUUAGCAUCACAGUCUCAAACAGCGAAAAAUUAGAGACGUUCUGUGGGUCUCCACCAUAUGCGGCCCCCGAACUGUUUCUGGACGAGCGUUACGUCGGCCGUCCUGUCGACGUGUGGUCAUUGGGCGUGCUGUUGUUCUUCAUGACCACCGCCACGAUGCCUUUUCUCGGCGAUAACAUGGCCGGGCUCAGGCGGUCAAUACUGGCAGGGCACGUGAACUCACCCGCCUAUAUGUCUCAGCUGUUAAAGUCACUCAUAGAGUCCAUGCUCAACACGUCUCCUGAACAUCGGUUCGACAUUGAUCAGGUACUCAAGUCCGACUGGCUGCGGGAAGCGUCGGCGUAUCAGAUACGUUUCAACAACAACUCGGUAUACGGUCAGUGGUGCGCUUUUCCGACGGCGGCUGGCGAUGAGCUUACCGACACCGAGACUAAUGCCAGACGGGCGUUGGAAGGACUUGGUAUAACCGAAACUAUGCUCGACGAACACAGUUCCCGAGGGUCAAGGAGCAACGUGGUGGCAACGUACCGAAUAGUGGUCAAUAGGCUAUUGCAGCAGCGCAGGCUCAUGGGGCAACAGCAUCACAUGCAACACCAGAACUCGACCAUGCAGCAUCCGCAGACUGCUUCCGGCAGAAAACCCACUAAGACCAAAUCCCGGAUGUGUGCCAUAACGUGAAAACCGGAACGGCGACCACUGUCGCCAUUAGCUUAGCAAGCACACACACGAGACAUCCACCUAAACACUCUUACAACUCAAAAUCACCACUCCUCGGCCGAAAUAGAAUGCGGUUGUCGAACGUGUAUAUAAAUACACUCGUACAUAAUAUCGAUUAAUUAUUAAAUAAUUAUGCCACGUAUUAUUUUACGAUAAAUUUUUACUGUGUAGAACGCUGAAGAUUUUAAGAUAUGCCUAAAUAUAGGUAAAAUAUCGAGUAGUAUAAUGUGCGAUUAUCAUGUAUAUUUUAAAAUAUAUGCAAUAUUGUACCACCUAUUAACUAUACAUAGGUUAUAUAGUGUAUACCUACUGAUAUUGCGUUCGUUAUAUAAAUUUAUAAUAUUUUGUUGAUGUAUAAUAUUA